GCGCCAGCUCGGCAGGCGCGGGGCGUGAGUCUCGAGUGAGACCCGCCAGGUUCCAACUCCGCAGCGCCGGGGCUCGGCGGGCAGCAACUUUCUCCCCGGAGCGGCCGCGGCGGCGGCGGCUGCUGCCGUGGCAGUCGGAGCGGGAGCCGGGAGGAGGAAGGCGGCGGCAGCGGUUCCUUGUGCCCACUCGGGCUGUCUAGCCCUCCGAGACCGCCGGCCCGCGGAGCCUCGUCCCCCCGGGCAGUCCCGGGCCCCUGCCCUAUGUCCCGCAAGGCGAGCGAGAAUGUGGAGUACACGCUGCGGAGCCUGAGCAGCCUCAUGGGCGAGCGGCGCAGGAAGCAGCAGGAGCCGGACGCGGCGAGCACGGCUGGGGAGCGCAGCCUCCUGGCGGCCGCCGAGUCCAGCGCCAGCCUGCAGGGCUCGGGCGGUGGCGGCGUCGGGGACCUGGAGCGCGCGGCGCGGAGGCAGUUCCAGCAGGACGAGACCCCCGCCUUCGUGUACGUGGUGGCAGUCUUCUCCGCGCUGGGCGGCUUCCUGUUCGGCUAUGACACCGGGGUGGUGUCGGGGGCCAUGCUGCUGCUCAAGCGGCAGCUCAGCCUGGACGCGCUGUGGCAGGAGCUGCUCGUGUCCAGCACAGUGGGGGCGGCCGCAGUCUCGGCGCUGGCUGGCGGGGCCCUCAACGGCGUCUUCGGCCGCCGCGCCGCCAUCCUGCUGGCCAGUGCCCUCUUCACCGCCGGCUCCACGGUGCUGGCUGCGGCGAACAACAAGGAGACGCUGCUCGCUGGCCGCCUGGUUGUAGGGCUCGGCAUCGGCAUUGCUUCUAUGACAGUGCCAGUGUACAUCGCUGAGGUCUCACCCCCCAAUUUAAGAGGUCGAUUAGUCACCAUUAAUACCCUCUUCAUCACGGGAGGGCAGUUCUUUGCAAGUGUUGUUGAUGGAGCCUUCAGUUAUCUCCAGAAAGAUGGAUGGAGGUACAUGCUGGGACUUGCAGCAAUUCCAGCAGUUAUACAGUUUUUUGGCUUUCUCUUUUUACCUGAAAGCCCUCGAUGGCUUAUUCAGAAAGGACAGACUCAAAAGGCCCGUAGAAUUUUAUCUCAGAUGCGUGGUAACCAGACCAUUGAUGAGGAGUAUGAUAGCAUCAAAAACAACAUUGAAGAAGAGGAAAAAGAGGUUGGCUCAGCUGGACCUGUGAUCUGCAGAAUGCUGAGUUAUCCCCCAACUCGCCGAGCUUUAAUUGUGGGUUGUGGCCUACAAAUGUUCCAACAGCUCUCAGGCAUUAACACCAUCAUGUACUACAGUGCAACCAUUCUGCAGAUGUCUGGUGUUGAAGAUGAUAGACUUGCAAUAUGGCUGGCUUCAGUUACAGCCUUCACAAAUUUCAUUUUCACACUUGUGGGUGUCUGGCUUGUUGAGAAAGUGGGUCGCAGAAAGCUCACGUUUGGUAGUUUAGCAGGUACCACCGUAGCACUCAUUAUUCUUGCUUUGGGAUUUCUGCUAUCAGCCCAGGUUUCUCCACCCAUCACUUUUAAUCCAAUAGCUCCUUUAGAUCAGAACACUUCUUGCACAAGAUACAGUUACUGUAAUGAAUGUAUGUUGGAUCCAGACUGCGGUUUCUGCUAUAAGAUGAAUAAAUCAGCUGUCAGUGACUCCUCCUGUGUUCCAGUUAAUAAAGCAUCUACAAAUGAGGCAGCCUGGGGCAGGUGUGAAAAUGAAACCAAAUUCAAAACAGAAGAAGUAUUUUGGGCUUACAAUUUCUGCCCUACUCCAUACUCCUGGACUGCACUUCUGGGCCUUAUUUUAUAUCUUGUUUUCUUCGCACCUGGAAUGGGACCAAUGCCUUGGACUGUGAAUUCUGAAAUAUAUCCCCUUUGGGCAAGAAGUACAGGAAAUGCAUGUUCAUCUGGAAUAAAUUGGAUUUUCAACGUUCUGGUUUCAUUGACAUUUUUACACACAGCAGAGUAUCUUACAUACUAUGGAGCCUUCUUCCUCUAUGCUGGAUUCGCUGCUGUGGGUCUCCUUUUCAUCUACGGCUGUCUUCCUGAGACCAAAGGGAAAAAAUUAGAGGAAAUUGAAUCACUCUUUGAUAACAGGCUAUGUACAUGUGGUGCUUCAGAUUCUGAUGAAGGGAGAUAUAUUGAAUAUAUUCGGGUGAAAGGAAGUAACUAUCAUCUUUCUGACAAUGACGCUUCUGAUGUGGAAUAAUUGUCAGUUGCUGAUAUAUUUAGUCAUUUAAACAAACUUGGGAGAGAAGAACAGCAAUUGGUGACCUCACUGCCCUGCUUUUAAUCUGGUUCUUUCCACAGUCUAGUUUUGAAUGACUUCAUAUUCUAGAAUAUUUGAUUCCAAGGAAGAUACAAUCACAAUGACAUUUUUUUUC